AUGUCGGACACCGCUCAAAAGGAUGCCGGGCCGACCGGGCCCUCGCCAUCAACAAGCGCGGAGACUACCGCGCCCGCUAAGGGGGCGCCAACCAUCAAAACAGCGCGAAAACUGCCCGGAUGGUUGGAUCAUUUCAACGCCCGCGAUUUGAAAGUUUUCUUUCGCUGCGCUGUCGCAGCAUGGGUUGCAUCACUGCUGAUCUUUAUUAAUCCGUCUCUGGAUACGAUCGGGACAGCGACUUUUUUCUCAACUCUUGUUCUUUUUAUGGUUCCUCCAUCGGGGAUUGUAUUUAUCUUCAUCUUGGGAGCUCUAACACUCAUUCUUGGCAUGGCCACGGGAUGGGUAUGGGGUGUUAUCUCUAUGAAGGCGGCCAUGGCGGCGCGCCCUGCAGCUGAGACACAGGCCAGAUUACAAGCUCUGGGUCAAGAGGCAUAUAGCGUCGCUAACUCCACAGGACAAAGCAUCACCGUUGUAGAGGAGGUGCUUGUAUAUAAUGGGUAUAUGCUCGAUGCACGCGUCACAGCUGUCUACUUUUGUCUCAUUUGUUUUUUUAUUUACUUACUCGCUCGUGUGCGUGCCAAGAACCCCAAGUUCGUUCUCUUCCAAAUUUUUGGAACGAUCAUCAUGGAUAUUUUCUUAACCAUUGGACCGUUGCUCCCUACAUUCCAAGGAACAAUUGCAAAGACAUUAAUAGAGCCGGCUGCUAUUGGAAUUGGUCUUGGGCUAGCUUGCCAAAUUCUUUUGUUUCCCAAAUCGACUUCUUCUACGGUCCUCGAUGGCAUUGAGGGACUCACACGACUGCUGAAAGGCCCAAUAGAUAUCACUGCGGCCGGUCUACUUGAGCAUGAAGCAACCCCAAUGGCAGAGCUACAAGGAUUGAAAUCGAAAAUCAUCGAGACCUAUAAGAAGAUUAUCCCAGCCCUUGGCUUCUUGCAGCUAGACUUUUCUGUUGGCCACUGGAAUGCAGAUGACAUCAAGAGCUUGAAAGAGCCCAUGCGAAAAACGGUCAUCGGUACUUUGUCACUGCUGGAAUUCCACAUCCAACGAGUUGGGGGUGAAGAGAAGCUGGAAAAGCUUCAUGCAAUCCACGUCGAGUCUGAGAAUCUUGUGAGCGACCCAACAGACGAGAAGAAAGGACAUCAUGAAGCUGGAAGGCGCCAAUUAAUGGAAAGUGUUCGCCUUGUACAAGCCUUCCGAGGCCCUGAGCAUGAAUCCCAUCGAGCGGAAAUGCUUGAAGCGAUUCAUAACCCCAGCAAAAAGAUCUUACCAGUAUGCGCAGACGCGAACGAGGUAGUCGCUGAGUGUAUUCAUGCUGUCAACUCCGGUCGCUGGUUUGGCCGACCCUCUAAACAACGCAUGGAUGAACUUGCGGAACGUAGUGAAGCUGUUUUGGAGACAGUCAAAUCCGAACGCCAGGCUUUUGCAGCCGAAUUCACCGAGAGUCUUAUCCAGGCAAAUGCGGAUAUAUUUGACCAGAGUGGUAAGUUGAAAGAUUUUGAGGAAUCGACCCUGGCCAGAGUACGAGCCAUCUCGGUUGGCAUGGUUUUCGAGGAACAACUGCUCAACGUAACUGAGGGUUGGGAACGAGUCCUGACCCAGCUGGUGAUUUUGAUGAAAGAACGCCAAAAAACGAGGCUCUGGCUCCCAAGAGGUCUACGCUAUGCUUUCAAAUGGGUGCACGGGAAGAACGCAGUGCCCCCUGUUCCUUUGGCCCAAUCCCCUGUUGAUGACCCCGAUGUUGUUGAAGCACACUCUAAAGCAGCUCAGCAAAGUCUUCGCAUCAGUCGAGGAUACCGAGUCAAGAAGCGCAGUGGUCUUGGACGGGCGAUAAUUGGUACUUAUCAUUGGCUCAUCAACGCAGAUGGCUUGUAUGCUCUACGAAUGGUUGCUGUUACUGUUGCCCUUGCCAUACCUGCCGUGCUCCCGGCUACUGCAGGGUUUUAUUUCCGCGAAAAGGGGCUAUGGGCUCUGAUCAUGGGUCAAACCACAGUUGUUAUUUACAUGUCAGAUUUCACACUUUCAUUGGCAUCCCGUGCUAUUGGAACUAUCGUUGGCGGUGUCACUGGUCUAGUCGCUUGGUAUAUUGGCUCUGGAGAUGGUCAGGGUAAUCCCUACGGCCUCGCGGCAGUCAUGGCAGUCGUAAUCCUGCUGUUAAUGUGGGGACGUCUAUUUUUGCCCGUGGCUCUAAUCCAAGCUACGAUGAUGGGCGGUGCGACCUGCAUCCUUGUUGUUGGAUACAGCUACGAUGACACGCAUAUCCCAUCCUAUGGAAAUCCUGGAUACGGCUACAACGUUUUCUGGCGACGACUUCUCCUGGUUCUUAUCGGAGCGGCAGCCGCAAUGAUCGUCCAGAUUCUUCCCAGACCACCAUCCGCAGCCCGACACGUCUGCAAAUCGCUGUCAAACAAUAUCAGAUCUUUAUCAGAUCAUUACGCGCUCCUUCUGUCAUGCUGGGGAAAACCGGACCGCGAAGAAGGUCUAGUUGCCGAGGAACUCGCAAUCCACGUUGCCGAGAUGCUAAGCGCACUUGAUGGACCUAUUUUCCUUCUGCGGUUGGAAUUUUCCAGCUCGCCUUUUGAUAGCGAACGCCUUGCACAAGUCAAAUCGCUUUGCCAAGAACUAAACCAGAACCUAGGCCGUCUACUGUUCCUCUCAGCCUCCCUGCCGGAACAUUUUCAAGCCAAGCUGGCAACAAAUGCUGGCCUUUUGAACCAUCGCAAUAUCGGAGAUGUCAUGGCAGUUCUGGGAAUUGUAGAACAAGCUCUAAAAACUGGUGAUCCGUUGCCUGAAGUCCUACCCACACCACUGCUCAAGCGAUGCUUUGAAUUUUUGCAGGCCCAUCGGGUUGAUAUAGGCUUGACUAGAGAUUUGAUUCGCGAUGAAGACUACCGCAAGUUCUGUGUCGCUAUUAGCUCUUAUCUCAAGUUCUUGGCUGCUGUAGAUGAUUUGGUUCUCGUGAUGAAGGGAACUCUGGGCGAGUCGCAUAUAGUUAGCCGCGAGUUGAUGUACGAACUACAAGUUUAA